CCGGGGCAGGAAGUCGCCGAUAUGCUGGUCCCGAGCGAUAUGCUCGCGGCUCAGAGCAAGAUGCUCUACCAGAUUAACAAAUAUUACGGCGAGAGGGUGCAGCAACGGAUGGGCACCAUCGCGAAGACCAUAAGGGAAGUGUGCAAAGUGGUCCAGGACGUUCUCAAGGAGGUGGAAGUGCAAGAACCGAGGUUCAUCUCGAGUUUGACGGAGUGCAAUAACAGAUACGAAGGCUUGGAGGUUAUAUCCCCCUGCGAGUUCGAGGUGGUGCUCUAUCUGAACCAAAUGGGUGUUUUUAAUUUCGUAGACGACGGUACCCUGCCCGGUUGUGCGGUGUUGAAACUCAGCGACGGCAGGAAACGUUCGAUGUCCCUCUGGGUGGAGUUCAUCACGGCUUCAGGGUAUCUAUCGGCCAGGAAGAUAAGGUCUAGGUUUCAGACGUUGGUGGCCCAGGCUUGCGACAAAUGCGCCUAUAGAGACUCGGUGAAAAUGAUCGCUGAUACUACGGAGGUCAAAUUGAAAAUAAGAGAUAGGUACAUCGUACAGAUCACCCCGGCUUUCAAGUGUUCCGGCGUAUGGCCUAGGAGCGCUGCCCAUUGGCCUAUACCGCACAUACCCUGGCCACACCCCAACCUAGUGGCUGAAGUGAAAACCGAAGGUUUCGAUCUGCUAUCGAAAGAAAGCAUCGCUAUACAAGGUAAGCAGAGCGCCAUGGAGGGAGACGCCUGGGUUCUCUCCUUCCUAGAGGCUGAAAAUCGGCUUCUACAGGGUGGAUGUCGUCGAAGAUGCCUCAGCAUACUGAAAACCCUUCGAGACAGACACCUGGAUCUUCCGGGAAACCCCGUUAGCAGCUACCACUUGAAAUCGUUGCUACUUUACGAAUGCGAGAAGCAUCCUAGGGAGACGGAGUGGGACGAAUCUUGCAUCGCGGAUAGGAUAAACGGCAUCUUCCUCCAGCUCAUAUCGUGUUUGCAGUGUAGAAGAUGCCCCCAUUAUUUCCUACCGAACCUGGACUUGUUCAAGGGAAAAUCUGCGAGCGCUUUGGAAAACGCCGCUAAACAAGUUUGGCGACUGACCAGGGAAAUGUUGACGAACACCAGAUGUUUGGAGAAGUUGUAAAUUUGAUCUCGAUACGUUCCUGUGCCAUAGUGUCUAGAUAACGGCCGGUCCACACGGUGAAACCGUUUCGACGAAUCGUGACGGAUUCGUCAUUUUUAACGAUUCGUAUCGGCACCGCGUGAACCAGCCGAAGGAUUGCGUUCUGCGACGUAAUUGAUGGUUGUGAUAUAUAGCAUUUAAGUAUUUAUUAAAGUCUGAGUAAGGCGAAUUGUGUAAAUUAAGUCUGAUUAUUUGGCGCUAUUGAAUCUUUAUUUGUAGAAGACUGCUGAUUAUUUGUUAUUGUAAUAUGAUGGUGCUCUGUGUGUGAUUAUCUUUGUUGUUUAUAUAUUUAUUAUUAGUUUGUGAUGAUUAUUUAUUAAAUUGAUGC